CUGCCUCGGUCGCCUUCCGCCUUCUGGUCCCAGGUCCCCGGUCCCCGCCCCCCCCAAUUCCUGUCCUUGUGGGCCACGGACUCUGGCCCCGACGCGAGCCCCGCGCCCCCCAGAGUGAAGGCGGCGCCCCUGGGCCCCUCCACAUGCGUGCUCGCCCUCUCCAUCCGGCCCUGCACUUAUGUUUUUCCUCAUUUGGGGUAGGAAGGGACGACACCAGGCAGAAGGCCACUGGGCAUCCCUCCUGCACCGAGGAUUCUUCGCAGGAAGCCCGCGGAGGGCGCGCCGAACCCCUAGGUCUGGAGAGGAAUCAGUGGGCACCAGGCUGGGGUCUUUGGUCCCCCGAAGGUGCAGCUGGCUUCGGGCCCCUUGCGCCCCCCACCACUGCUUGCAAUCCCCGGCACUUAGAUGUCCCAGGUACCCGGGUGCCCCGAGGGGUCCCCUAGAGGCAUCGGAGGUGCCGGGCCGGACGCACGUUGACGCGGUGUCGCUUUACAGAAACUGAGUCAGUGCACAGAAAUGGCACAAUGGCCGCCCGGCCCGCUGCCCGCCGCGCGCGCCGGGUCUCCGCCCGCCGGAUGUUGACAGCGUCACCUAGCAACGGGAGAUGGCGGAGCCGGGUGGCGAGGCCGGCGGGUCUCGCCAGGAAGGACGCUGGGCUUCUGAAGGCGAGGAGGACCAGCAUAAGGAAGCCGACAGGGUAUCAACGACAGAGGAGACCAGUGACCGGGAAAAUGAAGAAACCGUUGAUGCUCCAGAGCAUUCGGAAGGGGAGGCGACAACCGGUGGGGAAGCUGGAAAUGACGAGGAAGCCGAAGACGAUGACGAGGAAGCCGAAAACGAUGACGAAGAGGCCGGAGACGAUGACGAGGCCGGGGACGAUGACGAGGCCGGGGACGAUGGGGAAGGUGAACGUGAGGACGAGGAGGCGGUGGAAGCGGAAGAGCCAUCGCAGUUUGGAAGGGAGUCGGAGUCCGACGUGGAAACCACCUCCGCUGAAGGCAGAGUCAGUUCUAUAGACCUGAGCUCCUCGGACGUCCAUGCCGAGGACGCGCCCGCGGAGGAAGCCGGCCCCACGGACACGGGCGACCUGGCGAGGAUGGAGGCUGAUCUCGAGGACGGAGAGUCCCUCUGGCUGUCGGAAUCCAGAGACGAGGAGGACACCUCCACAGAGCCACCCCCGCAGAAAAUGUCUCACGAGGAGCCCGUGCAGAAGGCCCCUCCCUCCGGGGCCUGGCGCCGCCUCAGGCUGAGCCAGGGGAGCAGCGACAAGUCCUUUGAAGAGCUGCUCCUGAGCUUGGAGGAGCCCUUCGCAUGGGGGCCAGGCGCCCCCCUGGAGGAGCCGGUCGCCCACCCCAGGGAGGGAGCCCAGCCCUCCUUCCUGGACAGCAUUCGGCUGCCACGCGGGCCGGAGGAAGGCGCCUUGGAGAGAGUGGAGUCCGAGGGCAGCGACGAGACGGAAGACGACGGGGCCCAGCUGGUGGUCCUGGACCCAGACCACCCCCUGAUGCUGAGGUUCCAGGCUGCUCUGAAGAGCCACCUGCACCGCCAGAUACAGAAGCUGACCCUGGAGCUCCAGGAGCUGGACGUGGCCACCAAGCAAAGCCGGGUCCAGCGGCAGGAGCUGGGGGUGGAUCUCUACGGGAUCCAGCAGCACCUGGCCCGCCUGCAGAUGCAGCUGGAGAAGAGCCACGACCGCCACUCGAUCGCCGCGUGCGCCCGGGGCCACAAGGAGCAGGAGCUGCAGGGCGUGCGCUGCCUCUACGCCAAGACCUGCGAGGCUGUCAACGACGAGCGCAAAAAGCUGGCGGCUCUGCAAGCCGAGAUGGAGAAACUGGCCCUGCAUCUCUUCUACGUGCAGAACGCCGACCAGGACGUGAGGAGCGACAUCCGCAUCAUGAAGCAGGUCGUGAAGAAGUCGGAGGCCGAGCGGAUGCGGGCCGAGGCGGAGAAGCAGCAGCAGGACCUGCACGUGGACCAGCUCACCACGCAAACCAACCAGCUGGAGGAGCAGGUCGCCCUGUUCGAGGCCCAGGCGUAUGCCCAGGCCCAGGACACGCGUGCCCUCAAGCAGGCGCUGAGCGAGGCCUGCACGGAGAUAGACAGCAUCAACGUGGAGAAGACCCACAUCCUUCAGCAGUGGAGCACCAGCCUGGUGGGCAUGAAGCGUCGGGACGAGGCUCACAGGGUCAUCCAGGAGGCGCUCAGCGAGUGCCAGCACCAGCUCAAGUCCAUCGAUGGCGAGAUCGAAGCCUAUAAGAAAUCCAUCGUGAAGGAGGAGGAGAAGAAUGAGAAGCUGGCGAGCAUCCUGAACCGCGUGGAGACGGAGGCCGGCCUGCUGCAGAAACUGACCACGAGCUGCCUGACCAAGCAGGAGGCGCUGCAGAGCGAGUUCAGCACCUACCAGCUCGCCCUGCAGGACACGGAAGACGCGCUGGGCAAGGCCCACGUGGAGUACAAGACGACCAUGGGAGAUUUGCAGACCCUGCACCAGGACAUCCGGCAGGAGAUGGACGUGAGGAGGAAGCUGGACACCUCCAUCCUGGAGAAGCUGCAGGAGCAAAUGACCUCCAACAAGAUGAGCAAGCACUUCCGCCAGCUCAUCCUGAAGCUCCAGAAGAAGAAGACCAACCUGGUGACACAUCUUUCCAAAAUCGACGGCGACAUUGCUCAGACCACCCUGGACAUCACGAACACCAGCUGCAGGCUGAGCAUGUACCAGAAGAUGCUGGGCGAGCUGGACAAGGAAGCGAAAAAAGUCAACGACCUCAUCACCAACAGCGAAAGCGAGAUCUCCAGGCGCAUGGCCCUGAUCGAGAGGAAGCAAGGCCUCAUCAACUUCCUCAACAAGCAGCUGGAGCAGAUGCUGUCCGAGCUGGGGGGGGAAGAGUUGGGACCGCUGGAGCUUGAGAUCAAGCGGCUGAGCAGGCUGCUGGACGAGCAUGGCACGGCCGUGUCGCAGGCCCAGGUGAGCUGGCUCCGCCUGCAGCAGGAGAUGGUCAAGGCCACGCAGGAGCGCGAGGAGCAGCUGGCCGCCCUGAACAUGUUCAAGAAAGAGGUCCAGAUCCUGGAGCAGAAGAAGCUGCGGAUAGAGAGGAAGAUCGACCAGGAGAAGAAGGAGCAGAAGGACAUCGAGCAGCACAUGAAGGGCCUGGGCAACGACCUGAAGAGGCUGCACGUGCUCAGCAGCAGGAGCCGCAGUGACUCCGAGGGCCUGCAGCAGCACAACCUGGUGACCGAGAACGAGUUCGUGCGGUCGCUCAAGGCCUCCGAGAGGGAGACCAUCGAGAUGCAGGAGCGGCUGGACCAGCUGACCGAGGAGAAGGCGUCCAUCCUCAACAACCUGGUGGAGGCCGAACACCAGAUCAUGCUCUGGGAGAAAAAAAUCCAGCUGGCAAAAGAGAUGCGGGCCUCGGUGGAUUCCGAGACCGGCCAGACGGAGAUCCGAGCCAUGAAGGCCGAGAUCCACAGGAUGAAGGUCAAGCACGGGCAGCUGCUGAAGCAGCAGGAGAGGAUGAUCCGAGACAUGGAGCUGGCCGUCGCCCGCAGGGAGACCAUCGUGACCCGGGCUGAGGGGCACAGCAAGAUAGACAAGCAGUUUAUCACCCGGACAGACUUCCACCACAAGCAGACGGAGCUGCGGCGGAAGAUCAGAGACGUCCACAAGGCCACCGAAGCGUGCACCACCACCCUCUCGGAGCUGGAAGACACGCAGAAGCACGUGAGCGACCGCCUGCAGGAGCAGCAGGCUCAGCUGUCGGCCGCGCAGGCCCACACCGAGGAGCUCGAUGCUGACCUGGACCGGCUCGUGGCCCUCAAGCGACAGAACCUUUCCGAGCUCGUGGCCCUGCAGACACGCCAGAAGCACCUGCAGGCGGUGAAGGAUGGCAGGUAUGUGUUCCUGUACCGCUCCAAGGACUCACUGCUGGGGGAGCACAGGCGCAUGCACAACCGGCUGGCCGCCAUCGGCUCCAUCCUCGACCACGUCAAGGACGAGUACCCCCAGUUCCAGGAGGUCCUGCUCAAGGUCAGACAGACGAUCGCCAGCAAGCUGGAGUCACCCGGGCCCUCCUAGAAAGCGGCCUGGCCGGCGACUUCCCGGGCUGGCCUCCGUGGAAGAGCUUGGGAUAGCAUAAAAAGAUUUAGGACCUUUCUGUGUCACUGAAAGCCACGUUUGCCCUCAGAGAAUAACACCAUUUAAGAGGUCAGCACUAUAGGAAUUUCUUCAGCCACCCAGCUGGUUAAACCCUGUCGAAUCCCAGUGUUUCCAGUCGCAUCGAAGGCAGGCGUCCCUCUGCGAAGGCCGCGCUUGCUCUCCCGAGUGAGACCUGGGCAGGUGGGGGCCCCCACUUCCCCACGUGAGUGCUCAGAAGGGGGCUGUGCUCCCUGCCGUGUGCUGACGCCAAUUCAGAGCCGGGUGGGUGAGUGAAGGGGAGGGGCCCACGGGAGGCGCGAGCAGGAAGGCGCCCGGGCCUCAGCACCUCUGCCAGGGCGCACCCGAAAGCCCACACGCCCCCUUCUCACCCGUGCUUCCCCGGCCCCCACCCCCACUCCCAGCCCCGGCUAAGACCAGACUCACAGCUCCCAGGAGGAAGUGCGGGCGGAUCGAGCCCACGCAGCUGUUUACAGGGACCUAAGGAAGGAAACGAGACCCUGCACGAGGGUGAAUGCUGAGACCACGUCCCAUUGUCCCGCCUUCACCGCCACUGGCUUCCUUCUCCCCCGCCCGAUUCCUGAGCUCUUGUCACCUUGUGGCUUCUAUGCAAUGUAAACGGAAAAUGUUCAACGCGAUCAUUUCAUUUCAAACUUUUCAGCAGAAAAAUAAAACUUUUUUUGAGAAUAA